CUGACCCUGUGUUGUCAUCUCUAAUCGCUAAGACCAGCAUUCAAUUUGGAUAUUUAUUUUUACGAAACUGCCAACAGGUGGAAGCCAAGACAGAAGACAAUUCAUUGGUUGAAUUUACGAAGUGGAUGUCGGCAUGGCGUUGGCCAUCAAGAAGCGUUUCGGAACGUACUCCGAAACUGUGGAAGGCGCGCCGGUGGUGAAGAAGCUGCGCCUGCAAACUCUGGCCGCCGAUGCCACCGGGAAAUCAGCCGGAAAAGCGGGAAAUGUGGAGCGCAAGCUGACGGCGCUCACCCAACUGGACGCCUACGUGAGCAACCUGCCAGCGGGUGUGACCUCCUCCUUGCCCACUGGUCCACCCUCGGCUCUAACAGGUCCGGCUCCAUCUGCAGUUGGAGGAGGAGUUGUCAAUCCACCGCCCACAACAGCGGGAACCUCUCAGCUAUCCGCCGGGAAUAGCAGGGAACUGCUAGAGCUCCUCGUCAAGAUCACCGAUGAGAUAUCCUACGAGGACGUCGAACUGGCCGAACUGAAGGAGGUGGCCAGCAAGAUAUUCCAACUGUAUCAGCUGCAGGAACGCGACAGUGAUACCUCGAUACGGGUGAAGCUGCUGGAGCUCCUCUCUGGAUUGGGAUGCGAGUGCGCCACCGAGCAGGCGGUGACCCUGGUGAUAGACUACUUCAUCUUCCUGCUGCGCAAGGAAACCUCCCAAAAGGUGCUCGCCCAGGGCAUGAUGUGCCUCUUCCGGAUUGGGCAGCGCCGGAAGCACCUGGUGCCCAUUGCGUACAACACCCAGGUGGCCCACUUGGCCAAGGAACAGCUGCGUUCGGGCUCAACGCACACGCAAAAGAACGCCAUGCUGGUGAUUGGAGGAUUCGCAACGAAAAUGGAAGGCGAACGGCACUACGUGUGGAAGCUAGCCUUCUACAUCGACUCGCAGGAUUCGGGGGUGCGUGCCCAGGCGCUGCACGCCCUCCUAACCCUCGGCGAACGCGGCUCCCAGCUGCCGGCGGUGCUCUACAAGCGAGCGGUGGAAGCCAUGAAGGAUGACUACGAGUGCGUACGCAAGGAGGCACUGCGUCUGGUCUUCAUGCUGGGCAAUCGGCAUCCGGACUACGUAAUCCCCUCGGAUCGCCAGCAGGAGGAGCUGCGCAUGAUAGACGCCGCUUUCAGCAAGGUGUGCGAGGCACUCUGCGAUCUCUCGCUGCAGAUUCGUGUCCUCGCAGCGGAACUGCUGGGCGGCAUGACCGCCGUUAGCCGGGAGUUCCUGCACCAAACGCUGGACAAGAAGCUGAUGAGCAAUCUGCGUCGCAAGCGGACGGCCCACGAGCGAGGUGCUCGCUUGGUGACCAGUGGUGAGUGGUCCUCUGGAAAGCGUUGGGCGGACGAUGCGCCGCAGGAGCGCCUGGACGCAAGGAGCAUCUCGAUCAUAGCCAGCGGAGCAUGUGGCGCCUUGAUCCAUGGCUUGGAGGAUGAGUUCCUGGAGGUGCGCACCGCCGCCGUGGCCUCCAUGUGCAAGUUGGCCUUAUCGCGACCGGAUUUUGCGGUGACCAGCUUGGAUUUCCUCGUGGACAUGUUCAACGACGAGAUCGAGGACGUGCGGCUGAAGGCCAUCUACAGCCUGACCGCGAUAGCCAGGCACAUAGUGCUGCGCGAGGAUCAGCUGGAGAUCAUGCUCAGUUCGCUCGAGGAUUACUCGGUGGACGUGCGCGAGGGACUGCAUCUCAUGCUGGGCGCCUGCCGCGUGUCCACGCAAACGUGCCUGCUGAUGGUCGUGCAGAAGCUGCUCGAUGUGCUGGCCAAGUAUCCGCAGGACCGCCACUCGACGUACGCCUGCAUGCGCAAGAUUGGCCAGAAGCAUCCGCACCUGGUGAUGGCGGUCACCGUUCACCUGCUCUACGUGCAUCCCUUCUUCGAGACGCCCGAGCGGGAUGUCGAGGAUCCCGCCUACCUGUGCGUGCUCAUCCUGGUCUUCAAUGCGGCCGAGCACCUGGUGCCCAUCAUCAGUCUCCUGCCCACAGCCACGCAUAGGCACUACGCUUAUCUGCGGGACUCGAUGCCGCAUCUGGUGCCCCAGCUGCCCAUCGAGGGUGCCUCCUCCUCGAGCGCCACGCACAGGAUCGAUUCGGCCAUGCGGCAGGCGGGCAGCUCGGCGGACUACCUGCAGAUGAUCCUCAGCCACAUCGAGGAGAUCUUCACGAUGGCCGACGAGCGCGUGGAACUGCUGCAGACCGCCCAGUCCAAUUUGCAGCGCUUGGGAGCCAUCGAUGCUGGCAUGUACGGCACCUCGAACUUCCUGGAGACCUUCCUGGCCGCCCAGAUCCAAAUCGAACAGAUGCAGCGCUGCGCCAGCACGCAACGCAGUCGGGUUCCGCUGAAGGAGUCCCUGGCGGCGCUCAUCCGCAACUGCCUCAAGUUGCAGCACACGUUUUCGGGCCUCAACUACGGCGACAUUCUGCAGGUGAAGCAGCUGCGGCUCCGCGCCUGCGCCCUCCACCUGGUUUUGGUGGUCAGGGAUCGCUCACAGAGUGCAUUGGGUCCCUGUCAGAUGCUUCUGCAGACCGCCGGCGACAUCAGCGAGUUCAUCAAGGCGAACACCAAGGAGGAGGAGGAGAAGCCGCCGGUGGGUGCACUGCCGCUUCUCGAGCCCGAAAAACCGAAGAACGAGCCAGCGAGUCGAAAGGCGCAGCCGGAUAGCUUCACCCGCCAGUUGCUGAGCAAGUUGGAUGGCAUUUCGGAUCCGAAGCCGGGUCGCGUCUUCCGCGAGAUUCUGCCGCUGGUGCAGCAGGCUCCCCCGCUGGCAUUGCCACCCGCCAACGACAAGAUCCGCCGCUGUGUGGCCAACAUUUUGGAGCCAUGUCCGCUGCAGUCGCAGGAUAAUGUGAUCAAGGUGACGGCCGGUCUUAUAGCAGCCGUUCCCUUUGUGGCCGAGAUCGACAAUCUGCUGGAGUCGCAGAAGGCGGACAUGCGGAUCAAGAUCAAGUACCCGGAUCAACAUAUGCACACGGUGGUGCCCAAGCAGAGCGACUUCAAGCCCAUCAUGACGGAGCAGGGCGAGCACGAGACGAACGUGCGCCUCCGCACCACCAUCCUGCUGUCGCACAGCGUCUGGACGGAAUCCUCGCUGGUGGAGAUCCAGCUCUGCCUCGCCGUUCGUCCCGGCAGCGAACUGGAGCUCUGCAAGCCGGCCAAGGUGCUCUUCGCACCGAAGCCAGUCAGGAGAGGCAUUUAGCCUGACUUUCAGGCGGAUGGCGCUGGACAGGCGGAGCAGGUCGACGACGAGGCUGUGAUUAGUGGUCGGCGCCGGCGGCGGAGGAGCGCCCUCAAGAGCUGACAAGGCUACGCAGCCGCUGGAGAUGCAGGGGAUUCGGGGAACCGAGCAACUGUUAGUUAGAUGUGCAUCAGGUUUAAGAUUUCAAUUGGGCGGAGCUAAAUAACACAUUGUUUGAGGCAUCAGUUGU